UCCACUUUGUCCAGUGUUAUAAACCCACACACCUGCACCAGACACGUGUCUCCCGUUUAUGAUGUAUAGUCAUAAACAUUUGUCUUCACGAGACGAGUUUUUCCACCGUUGUCAUGUCCCCCUGGCAUCACUGCACACUCGACAGUGGACUUUGUGGACUUGGAGUUCGAUUGAACGGGACAUUUAUGGUGCGACUGUGUUUAUUUGUUUACCAUUAUAUUAUUAUUAUAAUUAUUAUAGACAUGUCCAUGUAAAUGUUCAUGUAAGAUUACAGCCAGUGGCUAAUUUCCAUAUUCAGUGAUGAGGGGAACAGCAAUGUAAAAAACAAUAACAGAGACAGGCUCACACCUCACCUCACUUUUAAUGUAAAGGUUACAUAUGAAAAUACACCUGUGCACUUCUUCUUCUGGUCACGUGUUUGAAUGCAGAGACUCGGAGAAAUUGUGUGGUGUUUUUUUAUUGUGUUUGUUGUUGAAACACUCGUGACCUACAUUAAAGGGAUUUACCUGUGUGAAAGCACUGAGUCAUGCGUUCAUAAUUUGUCUUAAAACACGCAAACAACUGUUUCCUCUUGCUGCAUGCGUGUGUGCGGGGAUUUCAUUUCAGCUGGUAGAGAUAGGGUCGUGUCUCAAAAAUGCGUGGAUGGGAAAACCAAAAAAAGAUCUGCUGGUGUUUCCCCUCAGCUUGAAACUUAGUCCCAUUUUAAAGGAAACUCUACAAACGUGUGAACCUCAGGGAGAAACGUGCGGUUAUCUGAUCCUCACUGGCAGUUUUUUUCCGCCCACUUCAGCCUCACGAUUUCUUUUUUUUUUUUUUUUUUUUUUUUUUUGCAGCGUGCAUGCGCUUUGACGCGAGUAACAGCGUUUGGUUACUCGUCUCCUUAAGAGCGUGUCAGGCUGAUGCUUAUCUGUGCUGUCAGUCGAGGGGAAAAGGUGGAUCCUCCACUACAAGCCAACACCUCUGUCCUCCUGCUGUCAUGCGUGUGGCAGAGCAGCAGCGUGGAGCUCCAUCUGUGUGACUGCUGCUGCUGCUGCUGACAGCGAUAACAUCUCCGUGUCUCUGCACACGCAGGAAAACGCCGGACAGAAUGAAUGGCUACGGGUCACCUUACCUGUACAUGGGCGCUCCGGUGUCUCAGCCCCGCGCUCCACUGCAGAGGACCCCCAAGUGCGCGCGGUGCCGGAACCACGGCGUGCUGUCGUGGCUCAAAGGUCACAAGCGCUACUGCCGCUUCAAAGACUGCACCUGCGAGAAGUGCAUCCUGAUCAUCGAGCGGCAGCGCGUCAUGGCGGCGCAGGUGGCGCUGCGGAGGCAGCAGGCCAACGAGAGUCUGGAGAGCCUCAUCCCGGAGUCCCUCAGAGUUCUGCCCGGCAUUGGUAUCACCGGGCCCGGCGAGGGGAACCAGGGAACCCCGCCGAGUUCAGAGGAGCUGGAGCUGAGGUGGAGCAGCUCUGAGCCGGUGCAGGUCGGAGCACAGACAUGCACAGAGUCGGCAGAGGAAGGUAUCGACGAGGUGUCGGGAGGUGAAAACGGGGGCAGCUCCAGUGAAAAGGAGCAGGAGGCGGUCAGUUCUCCAGAGGGAUCCAAACCGAACACCUGCUACACCCCGGAGCCGCCUCCUCCUCCUCCUCCUCCACCGCCUCCUCCUGAGUCGCUCUCCCACCAGGAGGAGAGCCACUACAGCCUCAGCAAAGCCGCUGCCACUGAGAAAGAAGCCAAAACCGAGAGUCCUCAGAAGUUCCCCGUCAGCGCCGCGGAGCAGAGCGUGCUGAUUGAAGGCCUCGCCGGCUCCAUCAACCUGCCCUUCAGCCUCCGGGCCAACCGGCCUCCUCUGGAGGUCCUCAAGAAGAUCUUCCCCGCGCACAAGCCUCCAGUGCUGGAGCUCAUACUCAGAGGGUGCGGCGGGGAUCUGGUGGGAGCCAUCGAGGUUCUUCUGUCCAGCCGGGGUCCUGACGGGAGCGCGCACACGCACGGUGACGCGCACGCGGACGCCCUGCUGCUGCCCUCAAACGGACACCUUUUCGAGCACACGCUGGGCUCCUACCACCCAGUCACAACUUCCGCCAAGUGGUCGGUGGGCUCUGCUUUCCGGGUGCCCGAGUCGCUUCGGUUCACGUCCGACUCCGCCUCGGGUGUGGUCCCCACGGGUCCGCUGGGUGUCCCUCUGCAACACCCGUCCUUCCCACAGCCCACGCGCUACCCGCUCAUGCUACGCAACUCUCUGACACGCGCACAGGGAAGUCCCUUCAUGCACAACGACGUGACUCUGUGGAAUACCAUGGCUCUGCAGCAGCAGUAUCAUCUCCGGUCGGCGGCCCAGUACGUGUCUCCCUUCUCCCCCGCUGCCCCCGCCGGGCCCGCGGGGUCCGUGUUCCGCAGCUCCCCUCUCCUCCCCGCCAGAGCCGCGGAGGAGCAACGCAUCAGCAUCCAGGAGGAGAGCUGCACCUUGGGGCCCAAACCCGGCCUCUACUCUCCUGAUGAGGACUACGAGGAGCGGUCCGACUCCGCAGACUCCCGCAUCCUGAACUCAUCCACCUAAAAUAAAUGCUGACGAUGGACUAACGCAGCAAGGGGGGACAACCAAAAAUGUAUUACUCUAAAAACUUUGUGUGUGCGCGCGCGCGCGCGUGUCACCUGUGAAUAAGGUGAUGUUAAUCCCCCUGACGUCACAUCAUGAUUUCCAGAUGUCAUGGACUCGACCAAAAACGGAUGAAUGUAACACAUUAUUGUGGUCACUCAGUCAUUAUUUUGAAAUUCCAUCCUCUUUUUCCUGUAAGCAUGUUUAUUACUGUGAAAAUAUGUCAAUGUUAAAGAUCGCUGCAUGUUCAAAGUAUGCCAAAUAAAUUUGAGUUGUCUAAAUGGA